UAUUGUUACCAUGACGUUGAAAACUUAAGCAUGGGCAUCGUGCUCCAGCUCGAGUCCCGCAACUAGGCCAGAUGCGCACCGUGGAGAGUCCUUGAGCGUUGUCAAAUGAUAGAACCAAAUCUCCAGUUUUCAACAGAAGUUGAGUUUGAACCGUAUGUUUAUUAGUAGCCUUCAGUACAGGUAAUAUAAAUAUGGAGUUAUUUCAUAACAAUUUGAAACUGUGUGAAGUGGACCUAAACGUCGGAAGGCAAGGAAUCCUUUGGAAUAAAGUGCCAGCCCUCUCUCUGCCUUUUGGCCCAUCAGAUCAUGUUUACCAGCUCGCAACAGUCAUUUUUGAGUACCUGCGUGUGGACAAGCCAAUCACACAACAGCUGAUACGCUAUGGGAAAAAGGAGGACACACCCCUUCCAGUGGCAUCCAAUGAAAUGAUAUCGGAGAGACAGGCCUACGAGCUGGCAUUCAACACACUGAAAUACCAAGAUCUUCUUGAAGAUGUCGUGAUUGACAGCUGCUUCCACACCUCCCAGCAAAUCGUGAGCUCUUAAAACACAUCUAACCAUAUUAAAUAUUUCAUACCCACCUCUGCGUAACCUCCCGCCCACUCACAAGUGACUGUUAUUAGAAGCGACAGACUGUCUGCCCUACUCUGGAAGACGAAGCGGCUUACUUCAGAAUGCAGAGGACUCGUUGCCGUUACUGAUGGUGAUGCUGUAUGACUUCCAGGACAGGAAGUUCCUGGCCCGGGAGUGGUUGAAAGGGGAAGAGGAGGAGUCUCUGCUGGAAGUGCAGAGGAUGGAGGGCUGUCUGUACAGAUGUAAGACCAAGCUGGCUGCUUCUCUAGCUCGCUGCAGGGUGAAGCAGGAUCUGGUGAGUAUCUCCUGCCUGCUCUCAGACCAGGUCCGAACCAAACAACGAAGAGCCAGAACCCUGCCUCUGUACGCCUGGGUCAACACAUUCCAGAGCAGUGUGGAUGAAGUGUGUGAGGUGCUCCAUAGCUGGUGUGUGUGUGAGGUGGGGGGUGUGAGUACCCUGGAGGGGUGUGUCUACUGCCACGACCCCCUGGGGCCAGACAUGCUGGUCUUCCCUGCUCAGCUCAUAACCCUGCUACAGAACUGCCAUCUCACCAAAAAACACACACUCAACAUACAGGACAGGAGUGUGUGUCUGGCCGCGUGUGCACUGCGCCCCCUGUUGUCCAAGGACAGUGACGUUCUGGUGGUGGGGUCCUUCUCUGCCCUCACCCUGGCCCACAUAGCUGUCCGAGCUUCUGCCUGCUCAGCCAGGGUGCUGGUGUGUGGAGGAGAGCACAGCCCUACUCAGAGAGAGCAGAUGCAGAGGGUCCUGGCCCAGAUGGACAUAAAGAAUGUCCGUGUUCUGUCAGAGGACUUCCGAGGGCUGGAUCAGUCGGACUCCAGGUUUCAGAGGUUAAAGGUCAUCCUGAUCCUGCCCCAGUGUUCCAGCUCAGCUCUCCAUGACCCAGUGGAGACCCUCCUCUCGGAACAUGGAGAUUGCGACCUGCUGCAGGACCUGUCGAAGGGGGAGGGCUCUGUCUCGCAGAACAGAAUACACGCUCUGAUGACACGCCAGACACAAGACCUCACCCACGCUCUCAGCUUUCCUAAGGUGCAGGCAGUGGUCUACUGCACACGCUCAGUUUAUCCCGAAGAAAACGAGCUUCUGGUGAAGAGGGUCUUGGAGAAGGCCGUCACACACCACAAACUACUGCCUUACAAGUUGAGUGGUCCAGUUCUGUCAGAAGGUUCUGGAUCAGAAGUGGGGAGAGACACAACCAGAGAGAAGUUCUUUAAGGUGGAGCCUUCUGAGCACACAAAUGGAUGCUUCAUUGCUCUGCUGGCCAGAGAGGCAGACCCUGUGAAGGUGGAGUCUGUCCAGGAUGUGUUAGCGAGGGCAGCGGCUAAGGGCCUACUGGGUGGAAUUCUCACCGACCAAUCACAUGCUCCUAAGAAGGGAAGACAGAGGAAGACCCUCCCCCAAGUCCCAACUGACCAAUCCCUGGGCGCUUCCAGCCAAGAGAUACCCAGCCUGCCAGAACCAGGGCCACAGAAUGGAGGAGACCCAGGAAAUAGCAACAAGCCAUCCACCCUGUUGGAGGAUGAGGAGGGAGAGCAUGAGAGAGAGGAAGAGGGGAGUGAGAAAGAGGAGGGAGACAAAGAGAUUGAAGGGGAAGAAAAAGAGGUCAAGGGGAAAGUGAAGGGGGUAAAAAAGAAGAAACAGUUGAAGAAGCAUCACAAAAAACCUCAUGGAAACUUCAAGAAUCUCAAACCCCGCGUCAACCACUCCACAAAGAGACAAACCAACAAACCCGCGCACCAAACCCGACGUCACAAGGGUCAAACUAAACCCAGAACAAAACCUUCUCCUUCGCUGAUGCCCAUCCCCGUGGACCUCUCCUACCCAGGGACACCCGCCACACAAUCUCUCACCCCAGACCCCCUCACUCUCAUAGCCCAGCAACACACAGCUGUAGUGGAUCCCCUAAUGAUGGGUCCCAAACACUCCCCCACCUCCCCCCCUACGCCCCAGGGGACAAAUAGUCAUUCAAAGGUGCUGCCACAGGACUCAAAGGGUUUUGCAAGGAAAACAUAUCAGAAUCUUGGGAAACAAGGAGGUCCAAAUAAGGAAACGGAUAAACCUGGAAGUCCUAAUAAAGUUGCAGGUAAACCAGCGAGUCCAAGUAAGGAAAUAUGGAAACGGGAAGUGUUGAAAUCUAUUGGUGUGGUCCUGCCACCUAUCUCCUCCCCCAGUGUCAGCUCCAUGGGGAGUAAAAGUGUCUCCCUCUGCUCCUCAUCCUUCCGUUCCACACUCACUCCCUCACAAUUCUCUCCCCCUCUAUCAGUAUCUAGGACCAGCCAAGGUCAAGCUGACCCUUUGAUGAAGCGCCCAAGACCAAAACUGUAAAUGGAAAGUACACACAGAGACACACACAUGCACAUCAUCGGGUUAUGUUUUAAUAUGAUGUUUAUUCUCACAAUAGGUUACAUUGAUAUGGUGUACAAAUCAGUGAGCAGCAAACUGAAGCCGACAAAACUGUCUGAGUGAAGUUAACCCUUGUGCUGCCUUCGGGUCACAUGACCCAAAGGUUCAUAACGAACCAUCGUUGUGUUUACCCAAUUUUACCCAAUACAAAAACAAAUAAAAAUAAUUUUCUUUUCACCUUCGCAAUGUGGGGGGUCUGAGACAGCCCAACGGUUUAAAGAAAAUGCUUCACUUUGUUUUUGUAUGCGGUAAAGUUGUCGCAAUACGACGGUGGGUCACAAUGACUGAUGGGUCAGAAUGACCCGAAGAUAACACAAGGGUUAAACUGUAAAGUGAAUUACUGUAUGAGCUAGAGAGUUUGGAAGUACUGCCCUAAUGGCUAAUGGCUUCUCAUCAACCUAAUAAGUUAAAUGGAUUAUACUCCCAGUCUAGCUGUACAAUGUGAUGCUUGUUUGUAAACCAAACUUAAGCGUGUCAUCGCUACUGUGAGGGAACCAGGAAGUGUAUCAGACUGACUGCCCAACCGAAUACGACCAAUACGCGCAGUUAUAAAAUAGAAUAAAUAAAAUAAAAAAUAUUUCUGUUCAGUACAUACAGUCUUCUUCUCGAAUGUCUCCAAGGGCAUGCAAGGCUUUUUGGGUUGACAUUUCUAUCAAUUU